UGCUGAGGGAACGAGAUUGUCAGCUAAUCAGCUUGCAUAUUUUCUGUUGACUGUUGAGACAGUUGAGUUUCGCCAUUCUGUGGUUUCGCGGUAAUAUUUCUGAGAAUGUCUUCUCAUGUAAGUGCAGGGAUGCAGCUCUUUAUGCAGAGAAGGUCUGUCUUCACAACAGAGGAAGGAGUAAGUCGUGGUUUAAGUUUUAAACCUCGCUCAGACGACGUGUUCGUCGUGACCCCACCAAAAUGCGGCACAACAUGGAUGCAACAGAUUCUACAUCAGUUACGUAGUGGUGGCGAUAUGUCAUUUGAUGAUAUUAGCGAUGUUGUCCCUUAUAUCGAGUUUGCCUAUGAUACCGAAGUAGAUCUCGAGGCUGAGCACAAGUAUCAGCCACGGUAAGAUAAGAUAUUAGAGGGUUUUAGAUUGACGUUUACGGCAAACGUCAAACCGGUAACGAAGUUUUUGAUUUUACAACUCUAUUAUAACAGCUUUUACACCAGUUUUGAAAUAUAUUAAACACUUAUGAAACUUGUCGUACUUAACAAUGAUUCAAGAAAACAAAUUAACCACUAUAGGCAUGUAUUCACCAAAGCAGUAAAUUAAGAUUUAACGUUUGAAGUUCACGUUUGGCGUAUAGAUUUUAUGCUUUAACGACUACAAACCCUCGUAUAAGAGUUCAAGCAUAAAAUUUAUACGCCAAAGGUCAACUUCAAACGCCAUGGACCGGUUGUAUAAAACUCUUAAUCACUUUUUUAAUGACUAUUUUGUGGUUAAAUAGUGAUUAACUCUCAAAUAGGCGUUUCUUAUUGGAUGACGUUUGCACUUAACCAUAGUUAACUUUAAUCACCUUUUAUACAACCGAUCCCAGAUCUUAAUUUACUGCUUUGGUGAAUACAUGACUAGUUGUUAAUUUGUAUUCUUGAAUCAUUGUUAAAUACCACAAGUUUAAUAACUUAUAAAACGUACAAAGAACUUAAGUUUAAUAAGUGUUUAGCCUAAUAUAUUUCAAAACUGGUGUAAAAGCUGUUAUAAUGGAGUUGUAAAAUCAAAAACGUCGUUACCGGUUUGACGUUUGCCGUAGUAGGCCUAUACAUACAGAGCUGCAACUGCAUGGCCGUCGUACACUAGUUAUAAGUUAGAGUUAUAAACCGAGUAGGAGGUUUAUAACUGAUAUAUUGCCCCCGAGGACGCGUAGCGUCCGAGGGCAAUAUAUCAGUUAUAAACCGACUUUCGAGGUUUAUAACUAACUUAUAUCACAUUUGUGGAGGUUUUCUAACAUAUUUUGUCAUUUUCAAAAAAUUUUAAAGAAAAAUUCUCGCGUUUUGUCUACAAGUUUAAUCUAAUCAUUUAUUCAAGGUAUAUAAGCUAGUUAUAAACCUCGGACGAUCAAAGAAAACCGACACAAAUGUGAUAUAACUCUGUUUAUAAUAUAGUAUUUGUAAAUUCUGAACGCUGAUUGUCUAAGGUCGCGGUCACACUAGCGCUAGAAUCGUGCUUGCUUGAACAAAAUCUACUUGAAUCGCUCAACACAUCACCUUCCAAGCGCGCUUGUCAUGAGUGUGACCGCGCAAAACACAAAACCCAAGCAUGCUUGAAAUCUGACACGAUUUGCUUGAAAUUUCAAAGGCGCCGAAGCACGAUCCAAACACACUACAGGGUAUGUUUGAAUCGUGCUAGAAUGUGGAUCUCAAGUGGAUUAAAUAAUUCAGCCAAUAAAAUGUGGAGUUUUAGGAGGCAAAUAGACAAGUAAUUUCAACAUGUCAUUUUUAAUUUGAAUAGAGACAGAACCGCGGUAGAUUCGAACUAUUUUGCUUACACAAUUUGUCAACGCGCUAAGCAGUGAGUCGAAUGAAUAAACGAUAUUUCUGUAUGGAAACCUGAUGCAGAAACCAAAUUCAAAAUUUCAAAGUAAUUUAGUUUUUGCCCGUGUAAUUAUAUAAUAUACAAUGUUAACAUCCCUAUUUAAUACAUAUCAUAUGAUAAUGAAUAACGAUCGGGCAAGCGAUUUGCGCCUGAACUAAGGACAAAGUCUAAACUUAGUUAGGCCUACGAAAUCACAAGAAUAAUGUGUAUUUGUUGCCUUUAAUAUAAUGGACUUUAGAUUAUUAGAUAGGUUUUUAAUGUUUAUCUGUCAACAACAGCAAGCAAGCAAACGUUGCUUUUUUGAGUGUGACCGCGACGUGCUUGGCUUGCAUUCUAGCACGAGCUUGGUAUGUGUUCAAGCAAGCACGCUAAUCCGGUGGUAAUCUCCAAGCACAAGCGCUAGUGUGACCGCGACCUAAGAGCCGUGUUGAUAUAACUCAAUGUCAACACGGAAACGUCGGAAAAUUUCUUUCUUUAUAUUUCUUUGUGCUAUAUUAUAAAACAAAUAUAAAACAUUUUUUUGGGCGUCGUGUUUUCACACAAUUUCGAGUUUUCCCAAUUUCUACUCGCGUUGAUAUAUAGAGGAUAUUUAUAGACGGUUGCGAAGAGAUAUGGAUUUUAUGUUCGAGUGGCAAAAACAAUAUCAGAUAUUGUUUUUGACACGAGAACAUAAAUCCAUAUCUUCUCGCAACCGUUUAAUGUUCUGUUUAUUAUAUGGACUUCUUCAGAGUGACAAAAAUACACACUAAACAAUGAUACUUUUAAUAUGGUAAAUCUGCCUGGUUAUAACUUCAUUAGUAAUCAUCGCCGAGGUAAAACAGGCGGUGGUGUAGGUCUUUAUCUAGGUGAUUAUUUUCAGUACAAAUUAAUUGAAGACUUUAAUAUUUCUAAUCCUGAAGUAAUUGAGUCUCUGUUUGUUGAAAUUUCAAACCCUCUUGGGAAAAACAUUAUUGUAGGAACUGUUUACCGCCCACCCAACCAAAACCUUGUCUCAUUUAUCGAAGACUUUAAUAAAAUCCUUUCUAUUAUUUCCAAAGACAACAAACAAUGCUACAUAAUGGGAGAUUUUAAUUUGGACUUACUUCAUUGUGAUCAUCAUGCGUAUACACAAGAAUUUAUAGACUCAUUAUUUUCACAUAUGUUUAUUCCUCUUAUUAAUAAGCCAACGCGGCUAACUUCUCAAUCAGCAACACUAAUUGAUAACAUAUUUACGAAUUGUUUUACACAAAAUAUUGUAAAUGGAAUUAUUCUGAACGACUUGUCGGACCACCUACCUGUGUUUGCAUUAUCUAGUACUAAAUUUGAGAAACCAAAUAAUGAAACCACAUAUUAUACUCGGGAUUACAAUGAUUUAAAUAUUAUCAAGUUUCAAACUAAAUUAUCACAGGUCGAAUGGACUCGGGUCUUGAUAGGGCAGGAUCCAAAUAGACUUUACGAUGUUUUUGCCGAAGAAUAUUAUAGGCAUUUUGAGGAUUGUUUUCCCUUAAAAAUAUCUAAGUUGAAUUCUUGUAGGAAAUCAAAAUCACCAUGGAUUACUAAAGGUUUGCUGACUUCCGUUAAAAAAAAGAAUAAAUUAUACAAAAAAUAUCUUGCAAACCCUACCCCUGUACGUGACUCUCAAUAUAAGAGAUACAAAAAUAAAUUGAAUCACCUAAUUAGAAUAUCAAAGAAAACUUACUAUGAUAAAAAAUUUGAAUUAGCUAAAAGUGAUUUGAAAACAACAUGGAAAUUAAUAAAUGAAGUCACUAACCUAAAACGUAAAAAGCCCUCACUACCGUCAUCUUUUCGAUCAAAUAACAUGACUAUCAAUGAACCCUCUAAAAUUGCCAAUGAUUUUUGUAAAUAUUUUUCUGAAAUUGGCCCAUCCCUUGCGCGUAAGAUUCCCCCAACAAAUCGUUCAUUUCAUGAGUCUUUAGGCCCUACUAUUAGUGAAACCAUAUUUCUUAAACCUACAACUGUUAAUGAACUGAGAGAGAUAUGUAUGUCGUUUAAAAAUGGAAAAGCACCUGGCUACGACAACCUACCUAUACAUAUCAUAAAAAAAUCGUUUGAAUUAAUAUCUGAACCAUUAAUGCUGGUAAUUAAUUCUUCACUUGAGGCAGGGUUAUUCCCAGAUAAGCUAAAAGUAGCUAAAAUAAUUCCUAUUUAUAAAGCUGGUGAGGUAAAGUGCAUUCACAAAUUACAGAACAAUUUCAAUUUUGUCUAGUUUUUCAAAAAUCUAUGAAAAGGUCAUGUAUAAUCGUUUGGUAGAAUUUACUAAUAAACUUGAAAUCUAUUACUGCCACCAGUUUGGUUUUCGAACUAACCACUCAACCAAUCUUGCUCUUACUCACUUGAUAAAUAAAAUUGCAACUGCUAUUGAUCAAAAAGAAAUAACAGCAAGUGUUUUCUUAGAUCUGUCUAAAGCAUUUGAUACCUUAAACCAUGAUGUACUAUCUUCUAAGCUUGAGAGGUAUGGGAUUCGUGGAGUGGCAUUAAAUUGGGUACAGAGCUAUUUCAAUAACCGAACACAAUUUGUUCAAUAUAACAAAUUUUCUUCUGCUCGAAUAGCCAUACAAUGUGGUGUACCCCAAGGGUCAAUAUUGGGCCCACUCUUUUUCAUCCUUUAUAUUAAUGAUCUUCCAAACGCCUCACAUUUAGUCAAACCACUAUUAUUUGCAGAUGACACCAGGAUUUGUUAUGCUAGCUCCGAUCCCAUAGUAUUAGCUACAGUAUUAAAUGAGGCAUUACUAAAUAUUAGUACAUGGAUGAAAGCUAACAAACUCUCUGUCAAUAUUGAUAAAAACAACGACUACAUCAUUUUCCAACCAACCCAAAAGAAAUCCACGUAUGAAAUUCUCCUUCUUCUUGAUGACAGAUUAAUCACACAAAAGAAACAGAUCAAAUUUCUUGGGGUCCUUAUAGAUCAAAAUCUCUCAUGGAAACCUCAUAUAAAUUACGUAUGCAAAAAAGUUUCGAAGUCUAUCGGUGUAAUAUACAGAGCUCGUUUCAACUUGUCGAAAAGUACUAAAUUGUUGUUAUAUUAUACCUUAAUCUAUCCAUAUCUUAUCUACUGCAACACAAUAUGGUCGUCUACAUAUGUUUCUAACUUAAAACGGUUACAAAUUCUACAAAAGCGAAUAGUUAGAUUAUUGACUAGUUCGAGCUUACUGCUCCGCUUUUUAAAAAAUUGAAAAUACUUGAUAUCAAUAGGAUUAAUUCCUUUUGUACAGGUAUAUUCAUGUAUUCCUACCAUAACAAAUUACUUCCACCCCCCCUUUCUUAACUUAUUUAGCACCAGCAACCAGUUUCAUAAUUAUAAUACUAGAAACGCUGACACAUAUCGUUCACAUGCAUGUAGAACUAAUAUAAAACAAUUUACUAUGCUUUCACGAGGUCCAAAACUGUGGAAUUCGCUCCCUGACACCGUUAAGAAUGCAGGGACGUUAAAUUGCUUCAGGAAUAGAUUACGAAAAUAUUUACUUCAAUGUUAAGCGAUAUAACUGCGUUCACUAGCUGUCGCAAUUGCUUUAACAAAAUACUUUUGAUAUAUAUACUUUGAAAAGCUUCAAGGAGAUAUCCAAUUUAUAAGACUUAUGGUUUCUGGAUAACUCCUUGCCACUAAUAUAACCACUGUAAAUAUAACAACAUAAAUUACCAUUAUAUAAACAGUAACAGUAUAUUAGAAAUCUGAAAUAUUGUAAAUGGUAUUGGUGGCUAAUAAAUCCUUAUCUUAUCUUAUCUUAUGUAAAUAAGCACACGAAAGACCAGUGUAAAAGCGAUAUUUUUUAAAAUUAUAGUGCAAACAUAAAACUAAAAUCAAUUUUACUUGUCCCAAGGUGUCUUUUAAAUGUUUUCGUUUUAUUUCCAACGUUAAUUUCGUUUUAAAUACGAACCAAAGACCAUUUGUAUUUUCAAAACAACAACAAUGAAAAUGGCGGGAAAUUUUCGAACUUCGUAUGUCGUUCGCAGGGAUGAAAUACGGAAAAUACGCGCACUUGGUCCCGGAUGUAGUGAUGUAUGAGUUCUACUAGUGUUUAAUUUCCAGUAAAACACCAUUGUCCAUAUAAUAAAACUGUAUAUCAACACGGAAAAUGUUUUAUAUUUGUUAAUUAUUAUUAGUCCAGCGGAAAAGUAAAAAAUCAUGCACUUUGUGAAGAAAGCACCCAAUUCACAGGAAGUGUAGACUUUAACAUGAUAAUGAAUCUUAGAUAUGGAGGCAUCACCAAAAUUGAUGCUGACGGCUUAAAAUUUAGGAUGGCUUAUAUUCUCUUACUAAACUCUAUUACUGUUUAAAAUUGUGAAAUUGCAGGUUCACAUAUAGCAAAAAUGACUUGCAUGAUUAGAAAGCUUACAAAAAACUACAUAUAAGACUUUUAAACGGCUGAUUAAUUUUCCAAGCGGUUUUCAAGUUAUUGCUAUUUAAAAACGUGAUAAAUAGGCAAAAAUCCCGCCAAAGUCCUAGACACUAGCCCUAAAACAUAUUUUCAACCGCUCAUAACUCCGCGGAAGAAGUUGGAAAAUCAAAGUAACUGCUUUUAAGCAUAACUCCGGAGGAGUUGGAAAAUCAAAGUAACUGCUUUUAAGCAGUUACUUUGAUUUUCCAACUCCUCCGGAGUUAUGCGCGGUUGAAAAUAUGUUUUAGAGCUAGUGUCCAGGACUUUGGCGGGAUUUUUGCCUAUUUAUCACGUUUUUAAAUAGCAAUAACUUGAAAACCGCUUGGAAAAUCAAUCAGCCGUUUAAAAAGUCUUAUAUGUAGUUUUUUGUAAGCUUUCUAAUCAUGCAAGUCAUUUUUGCUAUAUGUGAACCUGCAAUUUCACAAUUUUAAACAGUAAUAGAGUUUAAUAAGAGAAUAUAAGAAAUCCUAAAUUUUAAGCCGUCAGCAUCAAUUUUGGUGAUGCCUCCAUAUCUAAGAUUCAUUAUCAUGUUAAAGUCUACACUUCCUGUGAAUUGGGUGCUUUCUUCACAAAGUGCAUGAUUUUCUCAAAUAUCUGUGCAUAUCCGCUGGACUAUAUAUGGACAAUCGCAGGGGCAUAGGAAGCAUCAACCGGAAGUAGAUUUGCGCCGAUUGAAAUUGGGUUAAUUUUUGUAUUCGAUAAAAGCUCUAUCCAGUCUAUUAUUAGAUCAGUGGUGAAGCUUCAUUAAUAUAUUACCAGAUCAUUGAUGAAUUUUUUUAUCACUGCACAUUCCUUAAACAAUAUAGGAGGUUGCCAAGAUAACGCCCUUUAAAGAGUCAUUGUCAACCACAAUGCAAUUGUUUACAUAUCUUACCUUCGGAAGUGAAAUAUAGCAACAAAUGACGAUUAUAAACAUUUCUUUGGUGCAAUUUUAGUAUAAAAAAGUUAAAAUGAGCAGGUAUAACCAUAGGGUGGUAGUAAUAUAUUAUGGAUUGAAAACCGAAACAUCUAUUAUUUUAUCUUACAUCUAUUAUUUCGAAAACCGAAACAUCUAUUAUGCGCACAAUGCAUUGUGGUUGACAAUGACUCUUUAAGGCUCGUUUACACUUGCAAUUAUUGCGGCGAUUUCUACAUUUCGAUUUUGCCUGAGUUCCUGUGAUGCAUGUGAAGAACUAGAUGAGUUAUGAAUGUUCUGAGUAUAUGUAUCCUCAUCUGAACAUCUAUAACUCAGAAGAAGAAAAUGCUUAGCAAUUAGUUCUAAAAGUUAAUGCUCUGGUUUUCGCCGCUGCCCAAAUAUAAUUACUCUUCUGUAUCUUUUUUUCUUUGGCUAUACAAUAAGAUUGACAUCAUCCCCGAGCCGACGGCACGAAGCGCCGUGCGAGGGUACUAAUUCCCCCCAGCUAUUUACACCCGGGGAAACGAAAGCAUUAGCGAAGUCGAAAGUUCAUCAAUGGACCAUUUGCAUUAUAGACUAAAUUUUGAUCUAGACAAAAAUUUCGUCACAGCUUGAAAGAGCAUCACAAAAUUAGUAAUAUUCCAAAGUUUCGUUCCGAAAUGUUGUAAAAUGCGGAUAAUAUAGACAUGCGAAGUUUGCCGUUUUUCAGUCAUUUUAGAUUACAAACGGGAAAUUGACAGCCCAAUCGGGUGUUGGGCAUCAAUUUCCCGUUUGUAAUCUAAAAUGACUGAAAAUUGCAAACUUCGCAAGGCUAUAUUAUCCGCAUUUUACAACAUUUCGGAACGAAACUUUGGAAUAUUACUAAUUUUGUGAUGCUCUUUCAAGCUGUGAUGAAAUUUUUGUCUAGAUCAAAAUUUAGUCUAUAAUGCAAAUGGUCCAUUAUCGCGGGCGUGGGUGACCAACAAUGUUGGGGUGGGUGGUCAUCCUCACUGAUCCCAAAAAUAUGGCGGACUGUCAUGCAUGAAUAGCGGACACUGGUUGGUCCAAUUUAAAGUUUGCAUUAUAACGACUGCAUGACGACAGCGAAAUAGUAAACAUUUCUUGAUUUGAUGAUUGAUAAAUUUCUUGCAAAUAUAUUUCUAGGCCGUAUUCCCUGGCCCCAAAAGUCGCUUAGAAAACUACUUUAAAUUUACAUGAAUCUAUAGAUUUUUAUACGCUGAGUUCGAAUUCACUUGUUGUGACUCGCACAAACCUGCAGUUUUUUUGUAUUUUACGAUCAAACAUCAACAUUUUUUAUUAACAUUUCCGCCAUUUUGUUCAGGAAACUUCAUGUUAUAUACAGUUAUUGUACUAGUUCAAGUCUCUUAGCAGGGGGUUGCACGCGGUAUUACGCAUUUUUUAUCAUUCUUCUGAGGAAAAUAUACAGCUAGAAAUAAAUAAAAAUAUAGAUAUGUUUCCACAAUAUUAAAGUGCGAAAGGUAAUAAUACAUGUUUGUAAAUAAUCAGGAACUAAUCUAUUGUUCUUGUCAUCCAUAAAGACUCACUUGUCCUUGGUAAAGUUGUUUAUUUUAUUUAUUAUUGAAAUUAUGUACAUAAUUUUAGCCUUGCAAUGUGAACAGGCAAUUUUCCUGGGUAUUGUCUACCUGAAAUUUUUGUCAACAAUAAAGUUUUGAAGGUUUUAUCCCUCAGAGAGAUUUCAAAAUAAAUUUUAACUUUGAAACUUUCUAAUCUCCUAGGCGAGCCAGCCCAGGUAACCCGAGUUGAUUUCAUCCCGUGUUUACAAGAGACUUUUGAGGCGGGCUGGUUCGCCAAAACAGAUCACUGUUAUAAAUAGUAUAAUAUAAUAUUUUCUACUUCUCAAGAUCUUGCCUUGACAGGCCAGCCCAGUUCCAUAUAAAUGCAAGAUGAAUAUUAGUUUAAAUUACAUAGCGACGUUAGAUCUUGGCAAAGCGAGCUAGCUCGGGUACUCCCUAAGGAAAUGAAGAAAUGUUAUUUACAUCAAUAGAUUGAUGUGAAUAGAGUAUUAUUUAAUGCCCAGCUGUUAUCCAAGAUCUAAGACAUGGAAAAAAAGAGUCUUGGCUAGGCAGCUAGGCUAGCCCAACUGGAAAGAAGGUUUGUGUAACUAAUGCAUAUUGGUAGGUAUAGUGAUCCCAGAUUACUUUAAUUAAAUUUCUAGUGCCUGCCUGGCCAAAUAUAAAUUAAUAAAGUAUCCCUCCUCCAAGUGCUUCGUAAUGAGUGGCAGCUCAAAUAGGAUUAGAGCUUAUUAAGGUAAGGAUGUAUCAUGACAAUAUGUUGUUAAACCUCAUUAUGGCUCAACCAAUUCAAAUGGCUCAACCAAUUCAAAUGGCUCGACCAAUUCAUGUCUCUAGGUGGCAUGACUUUGAGAUUUGCUUGUGUGAAUAUAAUUUUUUGCUUAGUACCUUUGUUCCAGCAAGCCCAUGCAUAUGCUUGCCUCAACAGUGUCACAUAAAUUGAAACACCAAGCAAGCUAUUGUAGCUGUAAUCAAUUGGGGCUAUGUCCUGUAUGGCCACCAUUUGCUAAUGUAAAUACUUUAAUAACAAUAAAGUGAUUAAAAAAAUAUGGCUAAUCUACGCUGGGUUAACUCCAUAUCAACAGACCAAAAGUAAGCUGUCAGUCUGUCUUAGAGUGAAAGACAUCUUCCAAAAGUUCUUUUUACAAAGCUCAAUGUCAUGAUAGCAAAAAUUUUAUUAUAAUACAAGAAAAUGGAACAUACCAUAGUUAAUAGAAUAGAUGGUUUGGAAACUCAUUAGAAUAACAAUAUAUAUACCUCAUUAUCUACAGGUAUGCUAGUCAACGUUUACAGAGGUGUAACUUAACACUUGCCCGGGGCAAGUGAAUAUCAUGACGGGCAAGUAAACGUUUUAUCUUGCCCGAUUGGGCAAGUUGCCUCUUGCCACAAAAAGCUCGGCUUUCAUUAUCGGAUAAUUUUUUUAUGGCGCAUGUACUUGAUUCAAAUUUUGUUUUUUGUGGGCCAAAGCUAGAUCUAAGGCAGUAUAACAUAGCCACAUAGAGAAUGAGUUGACAUGUUGCCCCCUUGAGUUAUACCCCCUGGCAAAUGAAUUUUAUUCAGGGCAACUAAUUUUCAUGUCCAAUUAACUUGCCCUGAAAGCAAAUGGUCAAAAAAGUAAAGUUACACCACUGGUUUAUUCAUAAAUCUGGUCUCUGUAUUUUUGCCCAACUAACCAAUAGCAAUGUCUUAGGAAAGUUACCUAUCCGUGACUCGAACAAUAGGGUAAAUUGAAAAUUGCAAGAAUACAAGGUGGAUUUGGCAAGAAUACAAUACACACAUGAGGAUGAAGGACCAGAUUUAUGAAUAAAUGUUGACUAACAUAAAUAACGAGUUUGAGAGUUUCAGCCAAACUAUCUAUUCUAUUAACUGUGAUGGAACUCAUUAUGUGCAGAUUUACUAAAUGGAUGAGCUAAUUUGAUUGAAGUUAACUGCUACUAAUGGGCAAUGGUCUAUUUGUGUUAAUAUUAAAAUUACCCAGGUGACUAUAGGUCUAACAUUUUAUACUAUUGUAACAACAAAUAGGUCUAACAUUUAUUAAUUAAACAACAAUAUAUUGUGCUCCUUAUUCAUUGUUAACAAAAAUUUGAAAGAAAAAUUGCCUAUUCACAUUGUAAGGCUAAAAUUAUGUACAUAAUUUUAGUAAUAAAUAAAAUAAACAACUUUACCAAGGACAAGUCAAGUGAGUCUUUGUGGAUAUAGACCAUAUAGUGACAGUCUUUGCAAUUUCACAUCAAGGUGAGGCCAAAAACCCAAAAGUUGGCGCAAUAAAGAAUAGUAGAUUAGUUCCUGAUUAUAUACAAACAUGUAUUAUUACCUUUUGCAUUUUAAUAUUGUGAAAAAAUAUCUAUAUUUUUAUUUCUGUAUAUUUUCCUCAGAAGAAUGAUAAAAAUGCGUAAUACCGCGUGCAACCCCCUUGCUAAGAGACUUGAACUAGUACAAUAAUUGUAUAUAACAUGAAGUUUCCUGAACAAAAUGGCGGAAAUUUUAAUAAAAUAUGUUGAUGUUUGAUCGUAAAAUACAAAAAAACUGCAGGUUUGUGCGAGUGACAACAAGUGAAUUCGUACUCAGCGUAUAAAAAUGUAUAGAUUCGUGUGAAUUUAAAGUAGUGCCCGAAGGGGGGCAACAAAACUGAACGAAAAGCGGUCAGGGAAUACGGCCUAUUCAUUUUUGCUCGCAUUUUUGCAAGAUUUUGUAAAUUUCAGAAGCUCUCUUCGAAAGAAACUGCGAAAGAAUCGGCUAAAAGAAGGGAGCCGACGUUAACGAAGGUAAGUUUGUUUUGAAUAUUGAUUUUAUAAUGCCCCUUUAAAACCCGACGGCCUUUGCGUAUAUGAAACAGCUAAACAAGACAGCAUAUAAUAUCAGUGUAUCUUAAAUAUUGAUUCCCUUUUUAAAUAAAAAAGAAAGCAAAGUUAUUUGCAAGCGAGAAUUUGAAAUCAUUUUAUUGCAAACUCAAAGUUUAUCGAUAAAGCCAUUUUAAAAGGCAGUUUAGUUUUAUAAAGAACAAUAGUGAUUUUAAAACGUUUUGUGAAGCGUUUGUGGUUGAAUUUUACAUUUAAUUGAGGGUUCUAUUAUGUAUAAUAACAUACCUAACAUAUAUAUGUUGGGAAAUUAAUAAUUUUGUAAUUAAAAGUGAUAUUUUUAGGCGGUUUUUCAUUUGUAAGAAUAUUCUUAAAAAAUUAUCGUGUUACCAUGACAACUACUUUAGAUUCUUCAUGUUCGGAAAAUACAAUGGUUUUGUCAGCAAGGCGAGGGUUUCUGCAUGCAUGUAUUUUCUAGUAUUUUUGAUAUAAUGAACCUGUUGUACAUGUAUUAAUUAUAUUUAUUAUAUAAAGUAUAGUGCUUUAUGUACUGUUUAAUAAACGAGCAGGAGUGUUUUAUUAGGUUUAAAGCCACGGGCGCGCAGCGCGAGUGGCUUUAGACCUAAUAAAACACGACCUGCGAGUUUAUUAAACGGCUUCAAACACGACUACAAAUUCAAUAGAUAUACUGCCUUAUUAGUAUUCUUUAUAUAAACUGAAAAAUACUAAUGAGGACACGACUACAAUAGAGACUGCCUUAUUAGUAUUCUUUAUAUAAAGAAUACUAAUUAGAAGUGUUUUAUCAGGUUUAAAGCCACUGCACGUGACAUAUUAUGGUUGGCAUGAUUUGCCAAUAAGCUUAUGAAUUAUUAAUGAGUGUUUGAAAGAGAUUUCGAGCACUGAUAAAAGUGAUAAUCUCACAUGUGAGAUUAUUCAUGAUAAUCUCACAUGUGAAAAUUAUCGCUUUUCAAUUAUCGCUUUUCUGUAAAAAUUAUCGCUUUUCAAAGACUGUAUUAUUCUCUAUUUAGCAUACUGUUUAAUUUAGGGAAGACAGCUGCAGAUUGAGAGAGAUACAACUACCUGAAAAAUACAAGCAGAAAUUCGACUUCUUCAGCGAAGAUCCUACGUCGGGAAGUUUUAGCGACGAAGGGCCUUCGCUUGAAACGUCGAAGUUCUGCUAGUAUUUUUCAGGUAGUUGUGUCUCUCAAUACGCAGCUCAGUGUCUUGUUAUCGUCGCCACCUACACAUGGCACCGACCGUUCUUGUAUAAUUUAGGAUAUGUUUUGUUCUCAUUAUUAGAUGUUACAAGACUCAUGCAUGGUAUCCUUGGUGUCCCAAGGGUGCAUCAAAAUACAUUGUCAUAUACCGUGAACCAUGUGCUUCAUUCUACAGUUACUUCAACUUCUUAAAAGGUUGGAUAUUUCAACCAGGGGAAGUUUUACUUCAUGAAUUUGUAAAGGAUUAUCUACUUGCCCUUGGACUACCAAAAAAGAAGAUGGAACGUGCAUCCUAUUUUGUCCACUUGCUCAGCUGGUGGGAACACAGGAAUGACUUGAAUGUUUUAUUUCUGUUCUUUGAGGAUAUGAAAGAUGAUUUAGAAAGUGCAGUUAGGAAGGUUGCAGCAUUUAUAGGAAUUCAAGAUGAUGAAAGGAUUAGGGAGGCUGUGAAAAUGAGCUCCUUUGAAUAUAUGAAGGAAAAUGAGAGAAAGUUUUCAGAGGUUCGUCUCGCACGUUGUCGGAAUAAAAGUUGUGGGAUACCUGAUGAUGUUGUAGCCAGUAAGGUCGUCACAGGAUCUGCAACGAAAGGACGAGAGUUGAUGGAUGACAAAACUAAAGAAAUUAUUCAGGCAAAGUGGCUGGAAGUAGUUGAAAAACAAACUGGAUUUCAAGAUUACAAUGAGUUGAGAAGGGCAUUCAAAAUGGAACAGAUGAAUAGAAAUUAAGAAUUACUUCAAUCUGUUAGAAGUACACUGUUUGGUAUUAUAGAUGUUCAGAUUUGAGUUCCACUACCGCCACCUCUAACUGGCAUAGUACGCAUCUGAUUGGUUAAUCGAAUAUAUCAAACGCAUCUGAUCGGUAGAUUGUCCCUUAGUGGUAGUGGUAGCGGUAGUGGAAGUCAAAUCUGGACCUCUAUAUUAACAGAAGAUUGUAAAAUAAUGAUGGGGAGCCACGCUAUAGCGUUUUACAAAAAUCAUUUAAUGACAGUUGUAUUAAGUGAACACAAAUAAUGAUUGAACAGUUCAAUACUUUGAAAUGCAUAUUCUAACUCUUCCAGUCUCAGCUACAUGUUAUAAUUCAACUGCAAUUUAUCCCGAGGCAGAUUCGGAUGCGCAGCAAAUCCAAAUAGGAUUUGGUUAAAAGUCGCGAAUAGUGCGAAUAGUCGACGAAUAGUGUGAAAUCAAUAUCGACUAAUAGUCGAGAAUAUUUCGCAUCAAAAGAUAGUCGAAAGAGAAAUUGGACGUUCUGUCAGGUAUUUUUAAAAAAUUAUAAUUUGUCUAAUAAAAAAAACAACGGAAAAUUAUAGACAAUUAUAGUUUUUAAUUUUCCGUUAUCGUUUAUCAGGCAAUUUAUAAAGUCAUAUGAGACAAUUUAUAUAUCAAUGUAAUAUUAGACAAUUUACAAUGUCACUGAACACUCUUACUUGCCUUGUGCUCACAAAACAUACCCACAGUACAUAUUUUGGAAAUUCAUUGUCGUAUAGUUAGAAGUACUAAUCUUUCAACUACUUUUGCCGUUUUGCACA